CCAUACUUCACAUAAACACACACAUUCUCGUUCUCAUGAACCUAGCAACUCUUUUUGGUUUUCUCAUUUCUGGGACUCUCAUGAGCUAGGAGGAGUGAAACUUUCUAACAAUAGUCACUGUCUCAUAACUACCCUUAGAUCCAUCUCUGAGAUACACCCUUCUUCUGUCUGCUGCAUAACUUCAAAAAAUCAUCUUUUUCUUUUUCUUUUCUUUCUAUAGAUUGGUUGGACUUGGUUGAUCAUAAUUGUUCACAAACUCUUAAGAUUUCACAUUGGAAUCUGAGUCUUCACUCUGAAGCCUAACUUGGUCUCUGUCUGCAAUAUUAACAAGAUGGUUGAGAACGGUGGCAGCAAGAACCAUCAACAGCCAUUUGAAGUCUCCAUUGAUGGGCUUCAACAAGGAGGUUCCAAGUGUUUCGAUGAUGAUGGCCGACUCAAACGAACUGGAACUGUGUGGACUGCUAGUGCCCACAUAAUAACUGCAGUUAUUGGUUCUGGGGUUCUGUCUUUGGCUUGGGCUAUAGCUCAGCUUGGUUGGAUUGCUGGUCCUUCUGUGAUGCUUCUCUUCUCUUUUGUGACUUUUUACACCUCAAGUCUUCUGUGUGUUUGUUACCGUUCUGGUGACCAAGUCACUGGCAAGAGAAACUACACUUACAUGGAUGCUGUUCGAUCAAACCUUGGCGGCUUUAAGGUCAAGAUUUGUGGGUUGGUUCAGUACCUUAACCUUUUUGGAGUUUCCGUUGGUUACACUAUAGCAGCUUCCAUAAGCAUGAUGGCAAUCAAAAGGUCUAAUUGUUUCCACAGUAGCGGAGGACAAAAUCCAUGCCGUAUGAAUAGCAAUAUUUACAUGAUUACUUUUGGUAUUGUGGAAAUUAUUUUCUCCCAAAUUCCUGAUUUCGAUCAGUUAUGGUGGCUCUCUGCUGUGGCUGCUGUCAUGUCCUUCACAUACUCAACAAUUGGGCUUGGCCUUGGAGUUGGUAAAGUUAUAGGUAUGAUUCUAAGAGUUAGAGGAAGCCUAACUGGUAUAAGUGUUGGCACUGUGACACAAACCCAAAAAGUUUGGAGGAGCUUCCAAGCUCUUGGUAACAUAGCCUUUGCCUACUCCUACUCAAUGAUCCUUUUAGAAAUUCAGGACACAGUAAAAUCCCCUCCAUCAGAGUCAAAAACAAUGAAGAAGGCUACUUUUAUCAGUGUUAUAGUCACAACCCUUUUCUAUAUGCUGUGUGGUUGUUUCGGGUAUGCUGCUUUUGGAGACUUCAGCCCUGGAAACCUUCUUACUGGUUUUGGCUUUUAUAAUCCAUUUUGGCUCCUUGACAUAGCCAAUGCUGCAAUUAUUAUCCACCUUGUUGGUGCAUACCAAGUUUACUGCCAACCCCUUUUCUCAUUUGUUGAGAAAGCAGCAUCAGAGAGAUUCCCAAAUAGUGAUUUUGUGAACAAAGACAUAGAAAUACCAAUCCCUGGUUACCAUCCCUACAAACUCAACCUCUUCCGAAUGGUUUGGAGGACAAUUUUUGUCAUCUUAACCACUGUAAUAUCGAUGCUCCUCCCAUUCUUCAAUGACAUUGUGGGACUUCUUGGAUCUAUUGGAUUUUGGCCUCUAACUGUGUAUUUCCCAGUGGAAAUGUAUAUUGUUCAAAAGAAAAUACCAAAAUGGAGCACAAAAUGGAUAUGCCUACAAAUGCUGAGUAUUGCUUGCCUUAUAAUUUCUGUAGCAGCUGCAGCAGGUUCUGUUGCUGGGAUUGUUGUUGAUCUUGGAACUUACAAGCCGUUCCACACCAGUUACUAAUUCAAUAGAAUUACUUAGUGAUCACCAUUGUCGAGGAUUUCAGUAGCAAUAAAUUUUCAGUUCUUAGUUGUAUGAAGUGAAGUGUUAUAGGAUGGUGGUCUUGUUAGUUUAACUUG